GCGGCGGCGACGACGAUGGCCGCGCCCCCCUCCUCCGCGCCCGCGGCCGUGGAGACGACGACGACGGCGCCCGUACCGCGGCUUCCGAACACGCUGCCGCUGCCGGUGUUCGGGGAGGGCGGGGGCGUCAGGCUGCGCCACCACGCCUACAGCCGCAAGCAGAAGUCGCUCGGCCUGCUCUGCUCCAACUUCGUAGCCCUGUACGACCGGGACGGCGUGGAGUCCAUCGGGCUGGACGACGCGUCCAGCCGCCUCGGCGUCGAGAGGCGCCGGAUCUACGACAUCGUCAACGUGCUCGAGAGCGUCGGGAUCCUUGCGAGGAAGGCCAAGAACCGCUACUCCUGGAUAGGCUUCGGAGGGGUCCCGAUGGCGCUGCGAGAGCUCAAGGAAAGGGCAUUGAGAGAGAAGUCCGGCUUGGCUCCUCUGCCGGUGGAGGAGAUAUCUGCUGCCAAUAUGUCUGACGACGAAGACGAUGGUAAGCUGGGUGAUCCGGAGGCUGAAACUGAGGGCGAGAAGCUGAGCCAGACAGUUGACAAUCCCUCCGACAUGCCUGAUGCACCUCCCUGCCAGCUUAGAUCUGAUCAUAGGAAGGAGAAGUCUCUUGGGUUGCUCACUCAAAAUUUUGUGAAGCUGUUCCUCACCAUGGAGGUUAGCAUGAUCUCACUUGAUGAAGCUGCAAAGUUCCUCCUUGGAGAAGGCCAUGAGGAGUCCAAUAUGAGAACUAAAGUCCGGAGAUUAUAUGACAUUGCUAAUGUGUUGUCUUCACUGAAGCUCAUUGAGAAGACACAAGUGGACACAAGGAAGCCUGCAUUCCGGUGGUUAGGCAUGGCGGGGAAACCAAAAGCAGAAAAUGGUGUCACAGUUGUUGCAUCCCCAGCAAGGAAGAGCAUUCUGUCAAACAAGAGAGUCUUUGGAACUGAACUCACUAACAUUGGUAUAAAUAGAAGCAAGCUGGAAUCAACAAUCCAGAAGAAACCGAAGCUGGCACAGGGCGGUGCUGAUAUCUUGAAGAGCUACAACGUGGCCGCGCAGAAGCAGCCCGAGCAGGUUAACAAGAGUGGUUUUGUUUAUGGGCCUUUCCACCCUUCUUGUGCAAGAAAACAGGAGCCUGAUGAAUGUAAUAAUGUUGGACAAAGGGCGACUCCCCAUGAUUGGGAGAGCCUUGCCGAUUCAUUUCGACCACAGUACCAGAACCCAGCACUUGGUGACCUUUUUGCCCAUUACGUGGAUGCGUGGAAGUCGUGGUACUCUGAAUUUUCUCAAGGUAGCAGCAUUAUGCAACAACACCUGGGCAGCUCUGUUAAUAACCGAUUUUUGUAGGCAAACUACAAGUUUUACCUGUACAAUUUGUCAAAAUAGAAAAAGAGGGGAGACAGAUAGACAGCUUGGCCUAGGGUUCAUUGUAUUUACUCAAUCCAGGAAAUCGUUAGGCUUUUCUAGUCCAACACAAGUGGGAACAUUUUCUCACUGUCAAUGUGUAACUUGUCUGCUGUUCAUUCUUGCGCCUACAAGUGUGCUUACCUCUGCAUUCUUGCGCA